CUGCUUCUUCUUCUUCUGAUUAACACGACGAAGCAGAGAGAGAGAGAAGAAGAGCUCGAAACAAAAAAAAUGGAGGGAACCAUAUCGCCGCUUUGCUUACGUUCGUCCUCGAGUCUCUGUUACUUCUCCAGUAACGUUUCACCAGAUUCUCACCGUUCUAUAGGAUUUACAUUGGUGGAUUCGCUCCGGCCGACGAACUUGGUUUCCCUAAGGACUGGAAAUAAACGGUCGUCGUCUCUACGGCUGUUUCUAUCCCCGACGAGAAGCGCUCUACGUACGCCGAAGAUUUCCGCGGAGGAGGUGAAAGAUGUCCCGAUGCCUAAGAUAGAUAAGAGCGGUCGAUUGAGCAGUCCUCGAGCCGCACGCGAGUUCGCUCUAGUAAUACUUUAUGCCGCAUGCUUAGAAGGAUCAGACCCUAUUCGUCUCUUUGAGAAGAGAAUAAAUGCAAGAAGAGAGCCUGGAUACGAGUUUGACAAGAAUUCUUUGUUGGAAUACAACCACAUGAGCUUUGGAGGACCCCCAGUUAAGACAGAAACAAAAGAAGAGGAAGAUGAGCUUGUGCGCCAUGAUGAAAAAGAAUCGAAAAUCGAAGCAGAAGUGCUUUCAGCUCCCCCAAAGCUGGUGUAUAGCAAACUUGUAUUACGGUUUGCAAAGAAACUCUUGGCUGCUGUGGUUGAUAAAUGGGAUACUCAUGUCGUUAUCAUCGAGAAAAUCUCGCCCCCAGACUGGAAGAGUGCACCAGCUGGAAGAAUACUAGAGUUUUCAAUUCUUCACUUGGCAAUGUCUGAAGUGGCAGUACUUGAAACCCGACACCCAAUAGUCAUAAACGAGGCUGUUGAUCUUGCAAAACGGUUCUGCGAUGGAUCAGCGCCACGCAUAAUCAACGGAUGCCUAAGGACAUAUGUCAAGGAAAGAGCGGCAACAUCAACACCUCAAGCUUUAGAAUCAAAGCAAGAAGUGUCAGUAUAAGUUAGAAGUAAAACCUGCAAUCUACGUUAGGAGGCAGGCAGGCAGGCAGCCUCAGGAUUUUGGUCGUCGGAAAAAGCUCGUAGGCAAAGUGUUGAUCCCAUGAUCUUAUAUAUAUAUAGACGGAGUCACUAUGAGGAGAGAUUCUGUCUUCACAGACCGCUUCAGGUACGAAGGUUUUGAUAAACCUGAGACUGAAUCUCUAUCAAUUGCAGCUCAACAUGAAUAUUUGCUAAGAAACACAAACAUGCUCAUGUCUGUAUUAUUAAUAUAUAUUACCCUAAGAUUUUUAUGAUUUUAUGUCGUAGUCGGUAGUUUUCAUGUUUAUGUCUUUGUAUUCUCCUUCACUUGUGUCCCAUAUUUGAGAAACAAAAAACAAGCUGUAUAAGUGUAUAAUCAGUUUUUUCGUAAAGUU